GCACAGCUUUUGCGUCCUCCUUGGGCGUAAAGACCGCUUCUACGACCCCUUUGGCCAGUGGCGUACCUGGAUCGAUUUCGACAAGUUCGCAGAUGCAGCCACAAGAGGAGAGGAGUUGGAGGUUGUCGACUUUGCAGCUGAAACACCUCCGUGGGCCCUUCAUCAGGGUACGCCCUACCAGUACGAUGGCAAGAUCGGCUUCGAUCCGAACGAAGUGCGCCGCUUCCGCCGACCGAUGCCGCGGCUCACGCGGUGCGAGAGGAGGAAACUCUGGCCAAAGCACAAAAUGAUGGUGGACGUGGCGGUGCUGUCUCCGAAGGAAGGCGAGGAUGUAGAAGACAGCGCGAAAGCACUCCUUGCGCAGCCCCACUGUCGGACCGUGGCAGUCUACGAGCCAGUGGGUAGUGGGCACGAUGUCGAGCGCGUUGGAAUCCGCCACGUUGCAGGGGACCCGGACCUGAACAUCACGUACAAGGAGGCCGGGUUGAAAUUCAACAUCGACCUCGGUCGGCGUCUGAGCCGCCUCAGUAGAAGCCAGGGUGGCGCUCACGAGCGGGAGCGCAUUUGUCAGCUGGUGCAGCCGCAGGAGCGUGUUUUG